GUUCAGAAUCACAAUUGACAAUCCCAGCAAAUCGAAUCUAUGCCGUGUCUCAGUUCCAGCAUUGAAGAUGAUAUUACAUAUUUAGUACUUCAAAGAGAUCGCUCGUUGCAUUGAAAGCAGCCUAUCGGUUGGCCUCGGUGCCUCGCCCUCAGAGUAAGUCAAUCUUCUGUUUUCGUCAAUCUUAUAGUAGAAGAUCCUCGCAAUUGCCACUCAAAUUUGCAACUUGAGCAGACAUUACUUGCAAAGAAAAUGGAAGGACUUGGUCAAACUGAAAAACUAGAUCAUGUAGCCAUCGAAAUUGGUCAUGAGCAUGAUCUUGUACACUCGAUCAAGGAAAAAAUGGAAAAAUUUUCUUUGUUGCAUUCUGUUUGCAGGAUUUCUGAAGAAAUUUCUGAAGGAAAUCAAGAAAAAUAUUCGCCCAGUUUGCUGUCAAUCGGACCUUUUCACCAUGGCAAAAACAACCUUAACGUCAUGGAAGAUCUAAAGUGGCAAUAUUUCAACACACUGCUGAAUCGAAACCCUAAUGAAGAAACAAUUCUUGACACUUGUGUCAAGACGCUUAAACAUUCUGAACAAAAGGCUAGAAAAUUCUAUGGUGAAUUAGUCAACAUGGAGAGCGAUAAAUUUGUUGAAAUUAUGUUAGUCGAUGGUUGUUUCAUAAUCGAGCUAUUUCUUGAGUAUUCGAUGAAGAAUCUGAGGCGUAGGGAUGAUCCAAUUUUCUUCAGCACAGACAGUAAAAUGUUCUGGUUAAGAUGCGAUAUGAUUUUACUCGAAAAUCAAAUUCCCUUUUGGGUUCUUCAGAAGUUGUUUUACAUUGUUGUAAUUAAGCAAUGUAGCAACAUGUCUCUCAUGGAACUUGCCCUGUGUUUCUUCAGAAAACUGCUCUCAGGGGAUGGACAAAUUCCUCAAGACAAAUUUGGUCCCGAAAUUCAUAACUUGCUCGACCUAAUCCGCCAGCAAUAUCUUCCGACAAUGCCUCGAACGCGAUCCACUGGUGGUCAGAAAAGUUUACUCAGCGGCGCUACAGGACUUCAGUUAGCUGGGAUAAGACUUAGAAGGGCAGCCAAUGAAGUCCCUUUGAACGUGAGAUUAAUCAAUAAAGAACUCCAAAUCCCACCUUUUAAAGUCAAUGGAUAUACAGAAAUUUUGUUCAGAAACCUGAUAGCAUUGGAGCGUAGCCACCACCAAUGUUCAAAGACGAUCACAUCAUACGCCAUUUUCAUGGCAAGCUUAAUCCAGAAUGUAAACGAUGCACGAAUACUUCGCAGUAAAAGAAUUCUAAUUGAUGGUAGUCAUGAAAGAGAUGGAGAAAUACUUGAUUUGAUGAAGAAACUGCACGUUGAGAUUAAUGUGACGGAUUUUUACUAUGGAGAAAUUUGUAGGCAAAUUAAUGACCAUCAAAAGAGCAGAAGAAAAACUCGGUGUCAGCUGCAGGCUAUGAGGGAUAUUAACUACAGACGUGAAUUGGGAGUUUUAGGGUUCAUUCUGGCGAUCAUGUUACUGGUUUUCUUUUUCAUAGCAAUAUUUUUCUCAAUAGUUGCAUUUUUGCUGCACCAUUUUCAUUGAUAUUUAUAAUUUUUUUCAUGGCUUGUAUAACGAAAGAUGUUGUGUCGACUAGACCACCUGAAGAUGAAUAGGAUGUUAUGACGUGACUAGGGUCGUCGAGGCUUGUGACUCAACUAUUUCAACUAUGUUUGUUGUUAUUUUUAUUUUUUUCAUAUUUAAUCUUUAUUAUUUAUAAUUGUUUUCCUUUACAUUCUAAAGUUGGGUUUGUUAGAAGCCAAUUGAUUAUUGAAUAAACACUGAGUU